AUCUAGUUUAGAUUCAAGGGAAAUUGCAGAAGAUCAUCAUUAUAUGCCAGAUGUUCUUAAAAUGUUGAGAAGGGACAUUUUCUUGCCAACAGAUUUCUAUGACACGUUGCUUCUUGAUGCUUCCAAAGAAUGUCUACAUAUGCACGAUUUGCUUCAAGAGAUGGGAAGAAGCAUUGUUUUGCAAGAAUCUCCUGGUGAUGCUAGUCGGCGCAGUAGAUUGUGGGUUUUAGAGGACAUUGAUCUUGUGUUGAAAGGAAACAGGGGGACAGAAAAUAUUCAAACUAUAAGUUUGGACCCACAACAAGAAUUUGAAGCAGAGUGGCACCCUGAUUGCUUCUCAAGAAUGAGAAAUCUUAGAUUACUCAAUUUAAGUAAGGUGCGCCUUUUGCAUAAUCUCAACUCUCUUCCAAGUGCAUUGAAGUUUCUUACAUGGGAUCAUUAUGCUUUGGAAUCUCUGCCAUCAUUUGAUCAAUUAUAUGAACUUGAGUGCCUUCAAUUAUGCAAUAGCAAAAUCACAAAACUAUGGAAUGGAGCACCGUCUUUGGGUAAGCUGAGGAUCAUUGAUUUGAGUGAUUCUGAUGACCUAAUAGAGACUCCAGAUUUCUCUGCAACACCAAAUCUGGAAGAGUUAGUCCUUACUCAUUGCAGCAACCUAGUUCGGAUUCAUGAAUCUGUUGGACAGUUAAAGAAGUUGGUUAAGCUACGUGUGGGAUAUUGAAUAAAUCUUGUAACUCUUCCAAGUUAUUUGGAAACAAAUAAUCUAGAGGAGUUUGUUCUUGGUGGAUGCAUAAAUCU